AGACUUCAAUCCCUACCGACCACCGUCUUGUCGUCAACUCCUCGUCCCCUUCGAGAUCAAGAAGCGACGCAAAAGGAAAACAAUUCUCUUGGCGAAAAUGGGAGUUCCUCUCCCAAUGGAAACCCUAAAGGAGAGGGCGAGCCUGCUGCGAGAGUCUCUCAGCAAGAGCCAGACGAUCACCGACAGCACCGUCGCCAUCCUCGGAUCCUUCGACCACCGCCUCUCCGUUCUCGAGGCCGCAAUGAGACCUACUCAGGUUCGGACGCACGCGAUUCGGAGGGCGCAUGAGAACAUUGGUAAGACGUUGAAGUCGGCUGAGGUCAUAUUAGGCCAAUUUGAUCUCACGCGUCAGGCUGAGUCUAAGAUUUUGAAGGGCCCACAUGAGGACCUAGAAAGCUAUUUGGAGGCAAUUGAGCAAUUGAGGGCCAAUGUACGAUUUUUCAACUCGAAUAAGAGCUUCAAGAGCAGUGAUGGGGUGCUUAAUCAUGCCAAUAAUUUGCUAAUUAAGGCAAUGUUGAAGCUGGAGGAGGAAUUUAAACAGCUUCUUGCAUCUUAUAGCAAACCUGUGGAGCCUGAUCAUCUUUUUGAUUGCCUUCCCAACGCACUUCGUCCAUCGGGUGAGGAUGGCGGUAAAAGUCCAUCAUCUACCAAUCAAUCAGAUAAUCAAACAAAAAGCUCAGAGGCUGCUGUAUACAAGCCUGCAACUCUCAUUCCUCCAAGAAUUUUGCCUUUACUGCACGACUUGGCUCAACAAAUGGUUCAAGCAGGAAAGCAACAGCAGUGCCUAAAAAUUUACAGUGAAACCCGUGCUUCAGCUUUGGAACUGAGCCUUCAGAAAUUGGGAGUAGAAAAUCUCAGUAAAGAUGAUGUACAGAAGAUGCAGUGGGAGGUCCUAGAGGCAAAAAUUGGAAACUGGAUUCAUUUUAUGCGAAUUGCAGUCAAACUGCUAUUUGCUGCUGAACGAAAAAUUUGUGAUCAAAUUUUUGAAGGAAUCGAUAAUGUUCGUAAGGAUCAAUGUUUUGCUGAAGUAACUACAAACAGUGUAUUAAUGCUUCUCAGUUUUGGGGAGGCUAUUGCAAAAAGUAAAAGAUCACCAGAAAAGUUAUUUGUGCUUCUGGACAUGUUUGAAAUAAUGUGUGAGCUUCAGCCAGAGAUAGAAGCCAUUUUUGAGGGGAGAGCUUGUGCGGAAAUGCGUGAAGCUUCAGUUAGUUUGACCAGGCGCUUAGCCCAGACUGCCCAACAAACCUUUGGUGAUUUUGAGGAAGCAGUUGAAAAGGAUGCAACCAAAACAUCUGUGCAAGAUGGAACUGUUCAUCCUCUGACUAGCUAUGUUAUAAAUUAUGUGAAGUUUCUUUUGGAUUAUCAGUCCACACUAAAGCAGCUUUUCCAGGAGUUUGAAACUGGAGGAGAUUCAAAUUCUCAUCUGGCAGUUGUAACCAUGCGUAUUAUGCAAGGUCUUCAGAGUAACCUGGAUGGGAAAUCUAAGCAAUAUAGGGAUCCUGCUCUGACUCACCUUUUCCUUAUGAAUAACAUCCACUAUAUGGUCAGAUCAGUUCGAAGAUCUGAAGCAAAAGAUCUUUUGGGAGAUGACUGGGUCCAACGACAUAGAAGGAUUGUGCAACAAAAUGCAAAUCAGUAUAAAAGGGUUGCUUGGGCUAAGAUUUUGCAGAGCCUUUCAGCUCAAGGUUUGACUUCGUCAGGUGGUGGUAGUGCUGUGGGAGGUGAUGGAAGUAAUAGUAGUGGGGUCUCUAGAGCUGCAGUAAAAGAGAGGUUUAAGUCUUUCAACAUACAGUUUGAGGAGCUUCAUAUUAGGCAGUCCCAAUGGACAGUACCUGAUCCGGAGUUGCGUGAAUCUCUGAGGCUUGCCGUUGCUGAAGUUCUAUUACCGGCAUAUAGAUCUUUCAUAAAGCGUUUUGGGCCACUUGUUGAGAGUGGGAAGAACCCACAGAAAUAUAUCAGAUAUUCGCCAGAAGAUCUUGACCGAAUGCUAGGUGAGUUCUUCGAAGGAAAGCUUCCAGGAGCCUGAAGUCAAGUUUGAAAGGUGCCGUUAUGUUUGUAAUGUUGUAUAUUUUAGGUAGCCCCUUGUGCACAGGUUAAUAUAACUUUUAGUUCCGUGUAUCGCUGUAGAAUCUUGUAUCGCUUCUCUGUGGAAUUUGUUGGUCCUGAAGGAAGGGUUGGGUUUCAGGGAUGUAUUUUGAAUGAUUAGUUAAAAUAAUAAAGCUACUAACAUAACUUUAGCUUUUGAGAUA